GUAUCGUUCAGAGUGAGAGAAGCAGCUGAAGGCCUCUUGACUGUCAUAAUGGAACACUUGGUAUGUCAUCCGGGUAUUAAUGGUGUUCACAGUCGAAAGGAUGGUGACUGUUAAAAAUUUCCAUAUGAGCACAGGUUACCCAUGUUGGAAGCAUGUUGAACCUAGGGAAGGCCAAUGCCAGUUCAUUACACAGUUACCCCAGUAUUCACUAGUACGGAGGCGCUGUGAAGACUCAAACCCAGACCUUCAGAUUUGAAGUGAAGCUCGCUGCCUCUCCUACAUUCCUCGAUAAGGAGAUAGUGUGAACUCUUUUAGAUAAAUUAGUGGGAGAAAUACUAUUGUGCUUUGACCAAUCAGUUUGUUGAGAAACAGGUCAGACUCUUCUUUUAAUUCAACAGGGAGCUUUCCCUUCACCUUGUGGUCCAUCCUCGUUAUCAUCUCUCCUAGACGAAGACUGGGUUUUGGAUCACGUGCAGCCAGCCGAUGGCUCAACAAAGGUCAGGACAAGACUAGCCCUUAAAUAGUUGAGAUAACGUACAGUAUUCUAACCUGAGAUCAGGCGUUUUUUUUUUUUUGCUUCUUUGCUUCUUUGCGCUCGAGAGGGAAAAAAAAUAACGCCUGAUACAUUUAUUUAAGAAGCAGUCAACUGCCCCCUAAUUUACAUAAUCUAACGUCUGCUUGACCUGUCAUGUUAUUAGCCAAUAAGCGUUUACCAUACGGGAAUCAAAUUUUGGCGCGAAUAAUGUCUCUUCUGAAAUCAAUGUUAGGGAAAAGAAAAUAUUUAAAUACGUCCAUGUUCAGAUAGCGCUUCCUAAAAAAAAAUUUUAAUGUGUUGUUUUUGUGAUGAAAUACUGCUAGCUGGAGCUGCCGUACCUUUAUUUAACAGCUACAAAUAAUAAAGAAUUUACUGGUUAAAGCUCGUUGACUUCGUUCUGUGCUGAAGCAGUGAAAAAAAAAUUAGGCUGAAGCACCAUAUUUCACGAAAUGAAAGGUGUUGUGAAAACGAAGAUCGCUCAGAAUAAUUCGCAGCAUGAUUUCUGAAGGAGGAAUUACAGUCAAACCAGGUCAAGAUUCCAUUCAUGAAUUGAUUAUUUCAAAAGUGAACCUGUUUGUAGCUUCUGUAACUUGUAGCCGGUAUCAAAUUGCAUUCAAACUAUUCAAAUGAUCGGUGAAGUUUUGACUGCGACUGUUUUAGUAUACGAUGAGAUGGAAAAUAUUUCAAUGGAUGAAACUUCUAUUUAGGCAUUCUUCAAAUUCAAGAAAACUGAGCCGGCAGAAAUUUCAUAACGAACUCGCGUGUGUAUUCACUGCUCAUUACGCAAGAAAAAAUGUAGACUGAAAUCAACAACAACUAACGGAUGGCGGCAUUUUGGCCAAUUGAAACAGCGCAAAUCAUCCGUAUUGUUUCCUAUCCAAUCAGAAAAAAGUCCAGAUUCUGGCUUUUUUACAUGUGAUCCGACAAAGAAAUGUAUCAUGCCCUCUUCCCGUGAGAGACAUAAAGGGAUAAUAGGGAAAGGGCAUGAUCUCAGGCUAACAGUAUGCUGUCACGAAAAACCAAAAAAGCAAAACUCUCAUUAUACAGCAACCAUCUAUAACCUGCAUCUUACUUGCGAGCGCAGCGUCCGCACCAAAUUUAAUGUGAGUCUUGAUCACUCUUGCGUCCUUCCAUCUUUGUUUGUUUCCUGCGUUUUGCACCACUUCAUUUACCCGCGCUUUUCUCCUUUGCACAAAUUCCAGUACUUAUUAACGUUUGGUGCCAGCGAUAUGUUUGUCGUCCUUGUAACCAGUUCAUUUUUCCCGCGCUUUUAUUUCUUUGCACACAGGUAUUGAGUACUUAACGUUUUGCGCCGGCAACAUGUAUUCUUGCCUGUUAAACAACAGUUCUAUCCUUUCCCGCGCUUGGCUCCAGUUCAUUUUUCCCGCAUUUUUCUCCUUGUUUUCCAGCCUGCUUAACAACGCUUCUAUUCUCUCUCGCGCUUGGCACCAGGUCUUUUUUCCCGUACUUUUCUCCUUGCUUUCCCGCCUGCCUAUCAACGGUUCUGUCUUCUACCGCGCUUAGCACCAGACGAGCACCAGACUCAUAUUAUUUUUGUUACUGUUUAUUAGCAAGUUUUUCACAUGUUACGUGUUUUAUUUUUGAUCAGACGCCCCGCAAAUUCCAAUAUUUUGUAAUCCAGGAUAGUAGUAUCAUGUUAGGAUUGUUAGAAGAAUCCCUAAAGCACAAAGGUAAGCUUUCCUUUUGUUCAGCUUGCAUGACUCAGAGUUAUUCAUUGCGGGAUACAUGAUUAUUUUAAGCAUUUUUCACCAUAACUGCAGUCAUAUAGGGAGACUACAUCUUUGCUUUUGGGUUGAAUGCCCUGGGGCCCAGUUUACUGAGUUUGUGACAAGCCCCUUAGAUAUCAGCCACUUUGAAACUACUGCUCUGCUUUACUUUAGAGAGCUUUUAAGAAAAUGACAUUCAUAGUAAAGAAUUUUCUUCUUUCAUGAAGAUUCCCCAGAACUUGAUGGCUUAAUUUUCGUGCCUGUUUACUGCUACACACAAGACAAAUUUGAUCUGAUAAUGAAUUACAACUGUACCACAAAACAACGACGUCCGUUUAAUAUGCUAGCAAGGUUACCGUUUUCCAUAAAAUAAAUGAACCACGGCAAGCAUCGCAUUCUUUUAAGAUAAUCAACAAAUCCAUUGAUUUUAAGCGAUUUUCACCAAUUCUAAACCCUGUGUUGAAACAAAAGAGAUUGACCGUGUGACCCGGCCUCUCUAUAAGCUUUAUUUUACACUAACUUGAUAACGUCAAUAUGUAUGUUUUUUUCUGUUAGACCCUUUACCGACCUUGUCAGCAGUUAUCCGUGGUCCCACUGGCCGUUAUGUAUGGACCAUGCAGUUAAGACAGUUUUCACGACACAAAAAUGUACAGUACUUCAUGUUAUUUAUUCAAUUAAUCCUUUUAUACUGCUUCAUGAGAAAUUUAUGCAAUUUGAUUGGCUUAGAGCAGUAGUAUUUCAGCUUAAUUCAGCCGAUGUAAACGUUUGACCAUUGAAAUCAGCCUUGUUUAAGAUGAUAGUUGAAGAACUGAAUUUUUCUAUUGUUUUUCUUCUUCUUCUCGUUUUGGAUAGCUUUUUAAUCCUUUUGAUUGUUAAAAUCAAUCUUUGAUUCUUGAGUUUUUGCUUGCUGCAAUGACUCUUGACACUUUCAUUAAUUCAUAUGCGAAGUGUUACGCACUGCAGCUAGUUGACGACCUUUUUGUUAAGGGGCUGAAAAGUCCUUGCUCUCAAAUAUCCGUACGGCGAACAAUUUUCUUCAGAAAUGCUUUAGUAUUGUAAUAUUUUACACAAGAACUAACGUUCUUUCUAGUAAAUUUGCUUCUUUCUCCUUAGGACCUGAUUGAGGCGCACCUUGAGGACCCAGGGCGCCCUUCACCAGACAAGACCCAACCUCGACCGCCGCCGAACAUAAAACACCGGGCCUUCCCUGAAGCAGUGGAUACAGUGCCUCUCACGAAAGCGUUA